AUGUAUCAGAGCGCAGAAUAUACUGAUCUGUCUAAAAGUAUGGCAUCAAUUGUGGAUCUUGAGUACAAUGCAACUAGUGAAUCACUUAGUAAAAAUGAUACAUACUUUUCAUUUCAAAUGCAACUUCCAUUUAAAUCUAUGGCCAUAGCAGUUUCCGUGAUCGGUGCAUUAUUUAGUUUGAUAUGCUCCAUACUACUCAAUCGUUUUAAAAAAGAACGUGUGUUUAGAGCUGCAAGUCGGACAUUCAUGAGCAUUCUCGUUUGGGGAACAUUGCUAAUGUGGAUUGGCAUGUUUUUAAAAGGGUUGUCAUCUUCCGCCACUGUAUUUACUUGUUACGGUAUAUAUUUUACUCAGUAUAUUGGAUUUUCAAUUGUAUUUGGUACACUCGUUGUAAAGUCGUUGCGUAUUGUUCAGUUUUCAAAAUCGUCGGAAAACCGACUACCCAGACUCAACGACUAUGUUCUUCUUCGAAGUCUUUGGGGAUAUAUUGCUGCAUGGGCUGUUUUAAUUGUAGCAGCGAUUAUGUGGCAAAAUUCUAUUCGCCCAAUAGGUUUGAAUAUCAAGGUUGAUUCAAACUCACAGUUGGAAUAUGCAACGUGUCAGGCAAAAUCCGCGGAGAUUAUAUGGGAUGGAUUUCAAGCAUUGUCCAUUGCACUCGGUGUAUUUGUUUCUCUUCAGUGCCGCGGGAUGCCAUCUGCAUAUAACGAGGGUACAUAUAUUUCAUUAACAAUUUACAACUGGGCAUUGACAUGGACUAUUGGAAAGUUGAUACGAAAACUGUGGAAACCAUCUCUCGACCCAGGACUCGAGUUAUUUUUAGAAAUCAUCGAGAGCUUUGGCUGUGUUUCAACUGUAUUGCUGAUGCUUUUUGCGCCAAAGGUUAUGCUGAUGUUACAGGGUGACAAGCCCAAGCUUCCACAUCACAAUGGCAACAAAAACAUGGACGAUUCUAAUCCAAAAGGACCAUAUCCCCAACACAUGCUUUCAGCUCAAAGGGGAGCGAUCAAAACAGUAUCGACGGACACAAUCUCACCAAUAUCGGAAAGCGGAUCAACACGAUCAUUGCUUUCAAGCUCAAAUGCAGACAAUUCCAGUUCAGUUAGCAUGGGGCUUGGAAAGAAAUCGGAUAUAAUUGUAGUAGUGGCAUCACAGCCAGUACAGGGAAAACAAGCACCUAUAUCUAAAACAAAAAUGUAAUAGAAUAUCAAUUGAGUAUAGCAAGAAACCUUUAUACAGAUUAAAUGGGUUUACAAGAAUUUG